UGGGGCAUUAGCAUUCUUGUUGUGAGGGGAAACUUUACUGGAGAAAGUAAGAAAUGUUCAGCAUUUUCUUCGCUUCCUUCGUUUAAAAUCAUGGUCCCCUCUGCAAAACACGUGCAAUGUUACCUUAAUAUUUAUAUGAUGUAAAAAAAACACCAGUGGAUUCAGACUAAGUCAAAAUCACGGUCACCAUGUCGAUGCAAGAGGCAAUCCACAAACGUAACCUGGAGGUAUCCAUCCUGUUUAUGCAGCAGCAGCAUGCAGCCACACUGAAGGCCCUCCAUGAGGAAAUACAAACACUGCAGAAAAAAUGCUCAGAUUUGACGUUCGAGUUGAAUAUGGCAGGGCUAGAUGUGAAUGAUGGAGUUCCACCUGAGGUUACGGAGCACAUCAAGCAUCUGGAGAAAAUGAUGGACGCGCAGCGCGAGACGCAGCAUGAGCUUGAGGUGGAGCUGGAGAAGAAGGACCGUCUGAUUAAGGAGAAUGACUACACGUACAAGAGGCAGAAGAUGAAACACAUCGAGGAAAUACGGGCCAAAAACAGGGAACUGGAACAGCUCCGAGCCGAGUUGGACGCAACAGCAAACAGUAGUGCGUACUAUCAAAAUGAACUUCUGAAAAUCAAAAAAGCAAAGUUUCACCCGAUGCCUAAUCAGGAACUUUCUGACACUCAUAAAGACAAAGACAGCUCUGUGAAUCAUGCCCCUGUACCUCCGAAGGAGAGCAGGUCAAACCCAAAGAGGGCGUUUCACAUCCGUCGGACAUUGACUGACAAUUCUAGUAAAGACUCGAUUCUAACGCCCGUCAGACCGGGAAGUAGUGGUGGCGCUGCUCGGGCUGGCUCUGGAAGCACCAGUAGGUCUGAUUCCCCCACUGCGGAGCUUGCCAGGCCGUUCCUGCGGGGUGGGGAGGAGGAGGUUGUACAGAUCAAGCAGUCAAACCCACUUCCCCCCAUACGCACCUCGUCCGGCCGGGUCGUGUUUGGGGAACCGGUCGAGGUUGUACAGCUCAGUGUUCACAACGUGCCACAGCCCCUGUCACGCAGCAAGAAGUCUGUCACCUCCGUCGCUGUACAGGAAGUGGAAACUCUUGCCAUUGGUCAAGUGACCCACGCCGACCCCGCCUGGAAACAUCAGCGGAGGAAGGAGCACCGGAGCUCAGAGUACAGAUAGGCAGUAACAAAUCAUUGGUCUGGGAAAAUGGGGCUUAAUGCAUGUGAGUAAAACCCUGUUUUUCCAGACCGAGGCUUAUUUUUGAAAAAAACUGUGUAUACUUGUUUGAUUGCUUGGAAAGAUUUUACAUAUUAUAUUAAGAAGUAUUUUAAAGGUUUCAUUAUUCCUUUAUGAUAUUUUUGUUUUAAAUAAAACUGAAAGAUGUGUUAAUUUUAUUUUCAGUCCCCCUGUAAUUCUACAUACAGAUUAUGUUCAUCCUAUCAUUUCAUCUAUUUUUCUCACUUGUUUUAUUUUUAUACAGAUUCUAUUAUGUUUUUAUUAAGUGUUUGUGCUAUGUUUAUAAGAUUCUCUUUGUUCUUGAUUUUUUUUCAGACUGUGAUAUUGUGAAUUUUAACAGCUGUCUCUUUGUGAUAGUAACCUACUUAUUUGUGAUGUGAUGCACAAAAGCUGAACAACAUAAAUUUUAUUUCACCUUCAUAGAAUAAAGUAAAACAAAACAUUGCUGACAUCUUAACCUUGUGGCCAAUAAGUUAAGGUAGUAAAAUUAUAGGGCAUAUAUUCUUUGUCCUAUGUUGGUCUUGUAUUCAAUUGACAUUGAUCAUCGCAUUGUAGUCUUUGUUUUCUAUCUUGCUUUAACUGAUUUCGAUUGAUUUAAUUCACAGUGUGUUUAGAAACAAGAUCGAUGAAAAAAAAACUGUUUAAUACUGGACCUAAUUGGCUGAUCAAAUCAAGUUAGGACAAGUGUGAACUGCUAGAUCAUAAUGAGUGGCAAUCUGAGAAAAAGCAUGCGGGUAAAGUGCCUUCAUAUGCAUUAAGCCCUGUUUUCACAAUAAGAGGCUCAUAUAUAGAAUCACAACCAAGUAAAAUGAAUGCGGAGUUAUUUGCUGAAAUUAUGACGAGCUAAGCAUGUUUUACAGUAUGGCAUAUAAGGUAACUGUAUAAUGUACAAGCUGACAGGUCAAACAAGGCAUUAGUGCCAUACAUGUACUUGCAAAUCUUAAGUUAAAAUCAAUACUGACAAACAAAUCAAAGUUUUUAUGUCCCCUACUAUAGUAGUGGGGGACAUUGUUUUUGCCCUGUCUGUUGGUUGGUCUGUUGGUUGGUUGGUUUGCGCCAACUUUAACAUUUUGCAAUAACUUUUGCUAUAUUGAAGAUAGCAACUUCAUAUUUGGCAUGCAUGUGUAUCUCAUGAAGCUGCACAUUUUGAGUGGUGAAAGGUCAAGGUCAUCCUUCAAGGUCAGAGGUCAAAUAUAUGUGGCCAAAAUCGCUCAUUUUAUGAAUACUUUUGCAAUUUUGAAGAUAGCAACUUCAUAUUUGGCAUGCAUGUGUAUCUCAUGAAGCUGCACAUUUUGAGAGGUGAAAGGUCAAGGUCAUCCUUCAAGGUCAGAGGUCAAAUAUAUGUGGCCAAAAUCGCUCAUUUUAUGAAUACUUUUGCAAUUUUGAAGAUAGCAACUUCAUAUUUGACAUGCAUGUGUAUCUCAUGGAGCUGCACAUUUUGAGUGGUGAAAGGUCAAGGUCAUCCUUCAAGGUCAGAGGUCAAAUAUAUGUGGCCCAAAUCGCUUAUUUUAUGAAUACUUAUGCAAUAUUGAAGAUAGCAACUUGAUAUUUGGCAUGCAUGUGUAUCUCAUGGAGCUGCACAUUUUGAGUGGUGAAAGGUCAAGGUCAAGGUCAUCAUUCAAGGUCAGAGGUCAAAUAUAUGUGGCCCAAAUCGCUUAUUUUAUGAAUACUUUUGCAAUAUUGAAGAUAGCAACUUGAUAUUAGGCAUGCAUGUGUAUUCCAUGGAGCUUCACAUUUUGAGUGGUGAAAGGUCAAGGUAAAGGUCAUCCUUCAAGGUCAAAUAUAUGUGGUCAAAAUUGCUCAUGUAAUGUCACUUCUGCAAUAUUGAAGCUAGCAAUUUUAUAUUUGAAAUGCGUGUGUAUCUCAAGGAGCUGCACAUUUUGAGUGGUGAAGGGUCAAGGUCAAGGUCAUCCUUCAAGGUCAAUCGUCAUAUAGGGGGACAUUGUGUUUCACAAACACAUCUUGUUGCUUAUGCAUUGGUUUGCUAUUUGGAUUAUUAUCGUGUUAUGAUUUCUUGUCUGGUAUAAAACAAUUAGAAAAAAAGUUGAAACAAAUAAAGCUAGUUAUCUUAAAUAUUUGUGUUCAUCAAUUCUGAUCUUGACUGACUUUAAAACCGUGCUUUCAUGGUGAUAAUGAUUGUUUUUCAAGUUGUGUUGUUUGUGUGCUCUAUCACUCGUAUGCUGUCACCAUUAUCCAUUUAUCACUUCGAGAUGAUCUCAUGUCAUGUAGUAAAACAAAUAAGCCUCGUUCUGGGAAAACUGGGCUUAAUGCAUGUGUGUAAAGUGUCUUUCCAGAUUCGCCUGUGUACUUUGCACAGGUCAAUCAUAGAAGACACGUUCCGCCUAGACUGGAUUUUCAUUUAGAAAAGACUUCAUUUUAACAAAAAAAAAUCAUAAAUGCGGAAAGGGACAUCCCUGAUUAGCCAGUGCACACUGCACAGGAUAAUAUUAGACAAUACUUUACGCAUAUGCUUUAAGCCCGGUUUUCUCAGAGUGCAGCUUAAAUUAGUUUAGUGAAAUUAUUGUUGUCCUAUUUGUUUACCUGAUCGUAAUUAAACUAAAGUUUUACAGACUGCUGUAAGAUCUUCUCAUGUUCAAGAACAUUACUUUUGUGAUAUGCUUUAUUUUGAAAUAUUCCAUUUAUUGUUUAUCCCAAAUUAACUAAAUGUUGUUUCACUGAGAGGCUGCACUAGGUUUCAUUCCUAAUAUACUUACCAAAUGUGCUGACAUAUGCUAAAGUAGAGAUUACGUGUUAUGUUGCUUCUCGGUUUUGUUUAUACUACAGAAAUGCAUAAAGGCUAAAGCACAAAGUUGCCUUUGCUUAAAGACGUGCUUUGUUAUCAUAUCAUUAAUAUUGUUCGGGUCCACAUCAACUGUGAUGUUACCAUGUUUUGUAAUGGGCACAAUAAAAUACUAAAUAUUU